GAUCGGAGGAGGACAGCAGGAGAGCGAGAGUCAGCCUUCAGUCACGCAGCAUCUUCGCUCCAAUCUUUCUUUCUCUUUCUCUUUUUUGUUGUUGUGGUAAAUUUGUGCCAUUGGCCCUUUAUUUCUUCCGCCUUUUCUCAUUUUUAUGCUCAGAAAACACCAUCUCCGUCAUCAACCUGCGAAACCCUUCCCAUCAUCUCCGGAGGUUUUGUGUUGUUUUGUUUUAACCCCGCAUGGUGUUUUGGAUGUGUCGGCCGGCUGCAGCGGUGUUCGCGGCGCUGGCCGCCUGUCUCUGGUGCGGUCCGCUCCCGUGCGCGGCGGGGAGAAGCCGGCGGCUCAAUAACCGGCCGAUCGUCGGUGUGCUGGCGCAGGAAAACCUUCCGGGAGACCAGUUCGCCCAGGGCUCGUCUUACAUCGCGGCCUCCUAUGUCAAAUACCUGGAGGGGGCCGGGGCCAGGGUUGUACCCAUCAGAAUCAAUCGCACAGAAGAAGAAUAUGCUAAGAUAUUCUACUCAAUAAAUGGGCUGCUGCUGCCGGGAGGAGACGUAGAUCUUCAGACGUCGCAGUUCAGUCGAGCCGCCAAGAUCUUUUACGACCUGGCUCUGAGGGCCAACAACGCUGGGGACUACUUCCCUAUCUGGGGGACUUGCCAGGGCUUCCAGCAGCUGUCCGUCCUCACAGCCAACAAAAACCUGCUCACCCUCACUGAUACCAAGGCUGUGGCUCUCCCUCUCACUCUCACACAAGCUGCCCGCUCCAGCCGUCUGUUUCAGAGUUUUCCCAAGGAUCUGCUGCAGUCUCUGGCCGAGGAAAACAUCACGUCCAACUUCCACAGCUGGAGUCUGUCCAUACAGAACUACAGCCGAAAUGCCAAGCUGAGGAGGUUUUACAAGAUCCUGUCCACCAACAGUGAUGGGAAGAAAGAAUUCAUCUCCACCAUGGAAGCCUACAGUUACCCAUUUUAUGCUGUCCAGUGGCAUCCGGAGAAAAGCGCCUUUGAGUGGAUAGAUAAGCCGGGCAUGGUUCACACCACCUCUGCUGUAAGAGUCUGCUUCUACGCUGCCAGCUUCUUUGUUUCUGAAGCCAUGAAGAGCCGCCACCAUUUCUCCAGUCUUGCGGAGGAAGAGCGAGGUCUCAUCUACAACUUCUCCCCCGUCUACGGAGGCAUCCACGCUGUCUUUGUUCAGAACUAUUACUUUGAUUGACGGACGGUCCUGAGUACGGAACAGACCUGGGCUCAGUCUACGGUCAGAACUUGUCACAACUUGGCCCAACUUUAAAACCAAACUUGACGGAGUUGACACUUACAGUAGCCUCAAACAUCGACUCAACCAUUGGCAGUUUAGCUUAGCUGAUUUCAACAGUGAUAUGAAACGAAAAAGUGCCAACAGUGCAGUGAUAAAUAAUACCAGAAGAAAAUGAAAUAAAAUGUUACAUUCAAAAAGAUUUUUUUAAGUUUAACAUCAUAAAAGUUCAAAAUCAAACAGUGCCAAUUUCAUUUAGAUUUAGGUUACAGCGAUGGCUGACAUCAGCGCUCCCCCUCGGUUCUUAGUUAAACUACAAUCCAGAAAAAAAAAACGGGACUACUGUUACUCUCUAUUUAUCAGAUCUUGCAGGAUUUCUACACAUCCAUAGUAUACAGUGGCUAAAAAAAGCAAAAUAUUAGCUUACAUUUUGGAAUACUAACACAAUUUAGAAUCUAUCAGAUUUAAGUUCCGAAGGCUAUUCACCCAUCAGCGACAACAUUAUAAUCAGUCACCCGGUUUUAAUGUUUUGGCUGAUUGGUUUAUGUUAUCGUUGUGGUGCUUUUACUUGGGUAAAGGAUCCGACUACUUCUUCCACGACUGAAAGUCACACGAUAGCACAAACAAACUGACCGCUGGAGGCAGCGGGAGACCAGCAACGCCCGCGUUCUGUGAGGUAAAGUGACUUUUUUUUCUCGAUGGAGUCCGGUGGCUUCAGCAAAAAGGUCUGUCUCCGUCGGGAUCCUAUCCAUAAUGGUUAAAGACACCUAUAAUAACAAUCGGAACCUGUCAGUGGCAAAAACAAGCACUUUUAGUGGACAUACGUGAUUACAUUGCGAAAGCUGUCCAUAGCAGCUGUUUAUACCGGGUAUAGCGUUUGUCUCUAUCAAUCAUAUGCACCCAAAAAACAUGGGAAAUAAGGCCCAGGUUCAAAACACCCGGAUCCCGGUUGUCCUUUAGGCCUGGACCUAAAGAGGAUAAACAGUAAACACUGAUUCACCUCUUUUUCCCAUGUUGUGUUCGAUCAUCACUGGGAGACUAUUGAAGUUCAGUUAGAUUGUAACAAACUGCUCUUUCCAUGUCAGUGAAAAAAAAAAAAAUGAAUGUGACUCUUUAACGUUUCUUCUGCAGAAAUGUUAGCAUACUGUGCUGCCUGUUGUCUUCUCUUUUUCAUGUAUUGGCUUUAUUCGACGUGUCGUCCAGGAGCGAAAAUGUAAUGAAACAACUUUCAAGAACUACCAUCUUGUUGUAAAGCAGCAUCGUCCUUUCGUAGCAAGUGCGUUCGUUCCAAAAAGCGACAUCAAAAACUCACGAAACUCUACAGAUGAGCCGCCGGAAACGGUUCAGCUAGUCACGAUUGUAUCCUUGUGUGUCUCUCU